GCUGGUAGUACAUUCAUUGUAGUAUGCAUGCUAUGCAAGAUCAUGUGCAGCACGCAGUUUCAUGUUUCAGGUAAUUGUCCUUAAGAUAUUGGCAGCCCAGAUUGCACCGGUUAGUAAAUGCUCCGCUAUUGGUAGGGACAAAAUGGGAUAAGAGCCAAAUGUGACUAUGUUUUCUUCCACUGUCUGUAUCAGAUAUAAGACGCAUGCUUCUGCAGGCUUCCAUGGAGGCUGUGAAAAAAAGUUUCAAUACAGAGUUGGAUUACAGCACUCUCUUGCUUGAAACAUUGGCUGUUAUACAGCCGUCUUAAAAGGCAGCUGUAACAUGCAGCACCCAAAAAACCCCAGCAGAUUUUAGCAGUUUUUGGACCACAAAUGAAUACUGAGUUUCUGUUUGAGUCCAGAUGGGAGAUGGAUUGAGUUUCUGAACUGGAAUCUAUAUUUGCUUGCUUCCAGAAACAUACUUUAAAGGAAUAUAUUUAUACUUUUAAUCUAAAAAGUAUCAACAGGGGAAAAUAUAGCAUUGUUUAAGUCAGUUCUACUUGGACUUUUCUUUUUAAAAAUCUGUGCCAUCGCUGCUCUUUACUUUCAUGUAUACUCUUUGAGUUUACAGCAGACUGGGAAAUUCUGGAUGUGCACUUUGGGUUGUCUUAAUGAACAGCUCAUAGAGAAAUGUAUUUCAAAACUGAUUUCUACUCCAGCUGUAUGGGAUCAACUGUGUAGCAUAGUGUGUAUAUUAAACACACAAGGAUGUACAAGCUGUGGACUGCUGUAAAUAUAUUCAUUGUGUCUUUUCUGCCUCUGGUGCGGGGUUCUGAUCAUGGAUCUGUGAAGAGAACAUCACUUUCUGCACUGGAAUGGUCAGAGCAGCAAAUCCGGAAAGCUGCCAGCCUGGAGGAGUUACUCCGAAUUACCCACUCUGAGGACUGGAAGCUGUGGAAGUGCAGACUAAAACUCAAGGGUGUGGCCACCUUGGAUUCCAGAGCUGCAUCACAUCGCUCCACAAGAUUUGCUGCUGCUUUCUAUGAUAUCGAGAUACUCAAAAUUAUAGAUGAAGAGUGGCAAAGGACUCAGUGUGUGCCAAGGGAGACCUGUGUAGAAGUUGCCAAAGAGCUGGGGACAACCACCAACAAAUUCUUCAAGCCUCCUUGUGUGAAUGUGUACAGAUGUGGAGGAUGCUGCAAUGAAGAGAACCUGAGCUGCAUGAACACAAGCACAUCUUACAUUUCCAAAACGCUCUUUGAGAUUUCAGUUCCUUUAACAAACGUGCCAGAUCCAAUUCAAGUCAAAAUUGCAAACCACACAGGUUGUAAGUGUUUAUCGAAUGUUCAGCGCCAACCAUCUACCAUCAUUCGAAGAUCUGUCCAGGAUCCAGAGGAGGAUCGUUGCCUCCAUAUCAACAAACUGUGCCACAAUGGCUGGAAAUGGGACAGCAAUAAAUGUGAAUGUGUUAUAGACAGAGAUCAUCCUGGCAGAAAGGAAGGGCUUCCUCCACUUGCUGAACUUGCGAUGUGUGCACCAAAUAUGGACUUUGAUGAAGAAAACUGCGAAUGCAUCUGUAAAUGGAAAUGCACAGGCAAUUUGUUUCAGAACAAAGAGAACUGCAGCUGUUAUAUGUGUACAGAGAACCAGGAAAGCUGCUUUCAGAAACACAAGACAUUUAAUACAGAAACCUGCAGUUGUGAAGACAAAUGCCCAUUCCAGGCCAGGAUGUGCCCAACUCCUCGGCCAAUGUGUUCAAGGCACUGUUGCUGCCUGCGGGGAGGAAGAAGCCCUCAUGGGUUCCAAAGCAAAGAGAACCCUUGAACAAGCUUUUCGUUAACCUCUGCACCAAACACCUCACUGCUUUGCCAAGUAGCUCUUUAUCACUGACUAAUCAGCUAUAAUAAUCAUUGGAUAUCAGCGACUUUACUGCUGGAAACAUAAAAUCCAGAUAAAAGAAUCUGCAAGGACAUUUGCCAUCUGGCCUCAAAUGUCUGCUGCCAUUCUUAUUCUAGGAAGGACCAUUGAAAAGAACUAAGUCCAUCACUGCUGUAUGGAGAAGAAACUGCUAUGCUUAUAACACAGGGGCAAUCAUCAUCAUCCAGCAGGUUGGAAAUGCAGGUGUGGUGGGGCAGGCGGCGGGGGAGUUCUACAUCCUUAACCCACUGAUACCAUUGAACUAUUUCUAAAACAACAUUUUCAGAAUGUCCAAAGUUCAGAUUAGUUCCCUAAUACAUUCAGCACUGAAUUAUUUGAUCUACUGUUCCUCUUUGUUUUAUUAUUUGGAUCUAUUGUAGAACUACUGUCUGAUGUGCCAUAUUUAAAAGAUGUAUAUAGGAAAAUAAAGGCAUCAGUUAUUACUUAA